UUGAUGGGAGCCAAUUGCAAGAGCCUCUAAAAAAAGAAACAGAUGAGAAACCCUCAAGUACACCUGAUGUAAUACUAAGUGAAGUUGAGGAUGAGAAGCCAAGGGAGGUUGAUUUGCUUCCAGCUUCUGAAAGGAAGAAGAGAAUUGCAGAGUUGCAGGCUCGAUUGCUAAAUGCAGAGGCAGAGGGAGCUGUUAGUGUGAAGAGGAGGAGAGGGCCACGUAGAGGGGAAGAUUUCACGUUGAUGAAAGCAUUGAUCAAAGCCACUAUGCAUAUCCAAGACCAUUUACACUCGCUAUAGCACAAUUGGUAAUGGCCAUUGGUCACUUCCUCUUAGCCAUGGCAUGGCCUGGGGUCAUGUAUGUUGGUACCUUACUCAUAGGCCUCGGUUACGGCACACAUUGGGCUGUCGUCCCAGCCACUGCAUCUGAACUAUUUGGUUUGAAGAACUUUGGCACCUUGUAUAAUUUCAUCACCUUGGCAAACCCAGCUGGUGCCCUUGUAUUUUCAGGGGUGAUAGCUAGUACUAUUUAUGAUUAUGAAGCUCAGAAACAAGCUCAUUCUAGGCCACUAAGCACUGAAGAUACCCUACAAUGUGUUGGAGCAGUGUGUUUUUUCCUGACCCUUAUGGUCAUGUCAGGGUUGUGCAUCUUCGCGGCAGUGUUGAGUAUGAUUGCCAUGCAUCGAACCAAGGUUUUGUAUGCUAAUCUCUAUGGGAAAUCUCUCUCAUGAAGGCACUUGUGAGAAGCACAAGGAUUGGGUUUGGUAGGUUGGUGUCUCGCAUUUCAACAAUAGUUGGGUUCAGGAUUAUGGUUUAUUUGAUUGGCACUCCGGUUGAGUCAUGUCAUGCGUAUGUUUAUUUGUGAGCAUUAUUUCAUUAUUAUUUAUUAUUUCUUGAUAAGAAUCAAAAUGUUAUUAUAUUUGUAAUC